AUGUCCCGCAGCGCGGCGGCCAGCGGCGGACCCAGGAGGCCUGAGCCGCAUCUGCCCCCAGCCCCCUGUGGGGCCCCGGGGCCCCCUGAAACCUCCAGGACGGAGCCAGAAGGGGCGGGCACCAUGAAUAAGUUACGACAGAGCCUGCGGCGGCGGAAACCAGCCUACGUGCCCGAGGCGUCGCGCCCCCACCAGUGGCAAGCAGACGAGGACGCGGUGCGCAAGGGCACGUGCAGCUUCCCGGUCAGGUACCUGGGCCAUGUGGAGGUGGAAGAGUCCCGGGGGAUGCAUGUGUGUGAAGAUGCCGUGAAGAAGCUGAAGGCGAUGGGCCGGAAGUCCGUGAAGUCUGUGCUUUGGGUGUCAGCCGACGGGCUCCGAGUGGUGGAUGACAAGACCAAGGACCUGCUGGUAGACCAGACCAUCGAAAAGGUCUCCUUUUGUGCCCCUGACCGCAACCUGGACAAAGCUUUCUCCUAUAUCUGCCGGGAUGGGACCACCCGCCGCUGGAUCUGCCACUGUUUCCUGGCACUCAAGGACUCUGGCGAGAGGCUGAGCCACGCCGUGGGCUGUGCCUUUGCAGCCUGCCUAGAGCGGAAACAGCGGCGGGAGAAGGAAUGCGGGGUCACGGCCGCCUUCGACGCCAGCCGCACCAGCUUCGCCCGUGAGGGCUCCUUCCGCCUCUCGGGCGGCGGGCGGCCCACUGAGCGAGAGGCCCCCGAGAAAAAGAAAGCAGAGGCAGCAGCUGCCCCAACUGCGGCGCCCGGCCCUGCCCAGCCUGGGCACGUGUCCCCGACCCCCGCCACCACAUCCCCCGGUGAGAAGGGUGAGGCGGGCACUCCAGUGGCUGCAGGCACCAGUGCGGCCGCCAUCCCCCGACGCCACGCUCCCCUGGAACAGCUGGUUCGCCAGGGCUCCUUCCGUGGGUUCCCGGCACUGAGCCAGAAGAACUCACCUUUCAAACGGCAGCUGAGCCUACGGCUGAAUGAGCUGCCAUCCACACUGCAGCGCCGCACUGACUUCCAGGUGAAGGGCACAGUGCCUGAGAUGGAGCCUCCCGGUGCCAGUGACAGUGACAGCAUCAAUGCUCUGUGCACACAGAUCAGCUCGUCCUUCGCCAGCACCGGAGCCCCAGCACCGGGGCCACCACCGGCCUCAGCAGGAACUUCCGCCUGGGGUGAGUCCUCCGUGCCCCCUGCAGCGGCCUUCCAGCCCGGGCACAAGCGGACCCCUUCGGAGGCCGAGAGGUGGCUAGAGGAGGUGUCCCAGGUGGCCAAGGCACAGCAGCAGCAAGCGGCCUCCGUGCCCCCCGUGCCCCCCGCCCUGCAGCCCUUCCCCGCCCCCGUGGGGCCCUUCGAUGGCGCGCCCGCCCAGGUGGCCGUGUUCCUGCCGCCCCCACACAUGCAGCCCCCUUUUGUGCCCACUUACCCGGGCUUGGGCUACCCGCCCAUGCCCCGGGUGCCCGUGGUGGGCAUCACACCCUCACAGAUGGUGGCCAACGCCUUCUGCUCAGCCGCCCAGCUCCAGCCCCAGCCUGCCACCCUGCUCGGGAAAGCUGGAGCCUUCCCGCCCCCGGCCAUGCCCACUGCCCCUGGGGGCCAGGCCCGCCCACGCCCCAAUGGGGCACCCUGGCCCCCGGAGCCGGCCCCUGCCCCGGCCCCUGAGUUGGACCCCUUUGAGGCCCAGUGGGCAGCAUUAGAAGGCAAACCGGCUGUAGAGAAGCCUUCCAACCCAUUCUCGGGCGACCUGCAGAAGACCUUCGAGAUUGAACUGUAG